AUGUCGAAACCUUUACCAUAUUCAGUGAAAGAUAUUCAUUACGACAAUGCCAAGUUCAGACACCGAUCUCCUUUGAAGGUUUUUUCUCAAAGCUUGCUUACUCUAAACACAAAACGUAACUACGCAAGCUGUAGCACGUGGAAGUUCCUUAUAGUAAUACUGUUCUUCGGCCUAGCAUGUCUAAUGCUGAUGAGCAAGAGUCCAAAUGAUUCUUCCGCUAAUGAAAAAGGAAAAGUCACUUUCGUUGGGGGACUUAGGCUAGGGAGGCUUUUGAGAAAGCCGCCUAGGCUUCCACCUCGUUUAUCACCUGACGAAGGACAACUUAGAGGUAGUUCCACUUAUGGCUCGAACUCUGACCCGAAAUGGGCAGCCAGACAGCAAAGUGUGAAGGAUGCUUUUGACUAUGCAUGGUCCGGCUAUAGAAAGUAUGCAAUGGGCUAUGACGAGCUUAUGCCUAUUAGCCAGAGGGGCGUGGAUGGGUUGGGAGGACUAGGUGCCACUGUGGUGGAUGCUCUUGAUACAGCCAUGAUAAUGGGUCAUAAUAACAUCGUCUCUGAGGCAGGAUCAUGGGUCGAGGCUCAUCUCUUGGAGAGGAUCAGUCAGAAGGGUCAAGUUAAUCUGUUCGAGACCACAAUACGUGUGUUGGGCGGGCUUCUGAGUGCGUACCAUCUGAGUGGAGGAGAGCAGGGUGCGACGAACAUGACACAUAACGGACCGAACCCAGCUGUCUAUCUAAAUGUUGCCAAGGAUUUGGCUGAUCGUCUGCUUUCGGCUUUUAACUCCAGCCCUACUCCGAUUCCUUAUAGUGAUGUCAUAUUGCGUGACUCAACCGCUCAUCCAGCUCCAGGAGGAAUGAGCAGUACAGCAGAAGUUGCCUCUGUGCAGCUUGAGUUUAACUACCUCAGUACUGUUUCUGGCGAUCCAAAGUAUAGUACAGAGGCCAUGAAGGUCUUAGCUCAUAUAAAAUCCCUUCCAAAGACAGAAGGUCUUGUUCCAAUCUACAUCAGCCCUCAGUCAGGUGAAUUUGUUGGUGAGAAUAUCAGGUUGGGAUCUCGUGGCGAUAGCUACUACGAGUAUUUAAUAAAGGUGUGGCUUCAGCAAGGAGCCAAGCUGAACAGUGACUUCACGUAUUUGUAUGAUAUGUACACUGAGGCGAUGAAAGGAGUCAGGCAUUUGCUUGUGCGCAAAUCAAUUCCAAAUGGUCUUGUCUUUGUAGGGGAGUUACCUUACGGUUCUAAGGGAGAGUUCAGUCCGAAAAUGGAUCACCUGGUUUGCUUCUUGCCUGGUACUCUUGCUCUUGGUGCUACAAAGGGACUCACAAAGGAGAAAGCCCUGGCGGAAAAUCUUUUAUCCUUUGAGGAUCUGGAAAAUCUGAAACUUGCAGAAGAUUUAGCGAAAGCAUGCUUUGAGAUGUAUGAAGUAACUGCCACUGGUCUUGCUCCAGAAAUUGCUUACUUUCACACAGAGGAAUACUCUGAGGACGGUCUUGAAGGAGGGAAUAAGAGUUCAAUGUAUGCAAAAGACAUAAUCAUAAAGCAUGCUGAUCGACAUAAUCUACUGCGCCCUGAAACUGUUGAAUCACUCUUUGUGCUCUAUCGUAUCACAAAAGAUACAAAAUACCGAGAUCAAGGUUGGCAGAUCUUUGAAGCAUUUGAGAAGUACACGAAGGUGAAAACAGGUGGUUACACAUCAUUGGAUGAUGUCACAGAAGUGCCUCCUCUUAGGAGAGAUAAGAUGGAGACAUUCUUCCUUGGUGAAACAUUGAAGUACUUGUACUUGCUCUUUGGAGAUGACUCGGUGAUUCCAUUGGAUAAGUUUGUGUUCAACACUGAAGCCCAUCCAUUGCCAAUAAGAAGCACCUGA